AGCGUGUAUUUAACUGACUGUCACACAGACACAGACACACACACAGUAACACUACUCUGAUCAUCACACACACACAACAUGGCUGCACACCGGGUCAUCGUCUAUGGAGGAAGGGGCGCUCUGGGCUCCAAGUGUGUCCGGCUCUUCAAGUCCAAAGGCUGGUGGGUCGCCAGCAUCGACAUGGCAGCCAACGAGGAGGCGAGUGAAAACGUGAUCGUGAAGAUGAGCGAGUGCUUCGCGGAGCAGGCUGGACAGGUGACGGCAGACGUGUCCCAGUUGCUAGGGGAACAGAAAGUGGACGCCAUCUUGUGUGUGGCCGGCGGAUGGGCGGGAGGGAAAUGUAGUUCCAAAGAUUUAUACAAAAACUCAGAUCUUAUGUGGAAGCAGAGCGUGUGGACCUCGACCAUUUCCAGCCACCUCGCCGCUCUGCACCUGAAACCCGGCGGCCUGUUGACUUUGGCCGGAGCGAAAGCGUCUCUCUCAGGCACUGGAGGCAUGGUGGGCUAUGGCAUGGCCAAGGCUGCCGUCCACCAGCUGUGUCAGAGUCUGGCAGAUGAGAACAGUGGGAUGCCAUCGGGAGCCGCCGCUGUGGCCAUACUACCGGUUACCUUGGAUACACCAAUGAACAGGAAGUUCAUGCCAGACGCAGAUUUCAGUUCCUGGACGCCACUGGAGUACAUUGCAGAAAUGUUCUUCAACUGGGCCACGGACGUGAAGCGCCCGGCGUCUGGAAGCCUGAUGCAGCUGCUGACCUCCGGAGGCGAGACCCAGGCUGUGGCCGCUCAGUAGAGGACAGAGGGGAGAGCUGUGGAAACGGUGAGGAAGGGAGAGAUAAAGAUGGAUGGAAGCAGAGCGAGGGAGAGAGGGAGAGAUGGGGAGAUGGAGAAGCACAGAGAUGGAGACUGGAGGAGGGUGUUGGGAGUCGGAGUGAUGAAGAGGGUUGGAGGUGAGGAAGAGAGAUGGUGACAGAGGGGAGCUAAAUAAAAUGAGGAGGAGGAGAGGGGACGGCCAGAUGGGUUUGUUUUGCAGAGGAGAGGAGGGGAGGGCUUUCUUUGAGAAGGCAGCCUCACAGCGCCAUCUAGCUGUGGAUCCCUACAAGUAUCCCACUGCAGCGGUCAAGUUGUGUCUCAUCUGUAAAAAUGGUGAUGCACCAUUGGUCAGUUUUGGAUGCUCAUUCAAGGGUGAACUGCUUUUAUCAACUUUAAAAUAUUCAAAAGAUCAGUGUCAGUGAAAAUGUGCUAAAUGAAAAAAUGUGAGUGUCCUCCUUGGUCAGGCCAGAAUGGAAGCAGCCUCCAAGUGAGACCCAUCUCAAAUCUAUGAUAUGAUAACAUAAGUGUUUUUUGUCUAAUGUGAGAAAAAGAACGAGUCUCGAAUGGACUUUUUAUAUAUUUUACCUGACGUCUCUGUCCCCAUGUCCCUCUGAAAUGCCUGUGACAGUCAAACCCCCCCCCCCCAUGUCCACCCUCUGUCCCGUGUGAGAUCCCAUUUUAGUUUCCCAGCGUCCCUGAAGGUCGCCUGCCACUGCGGAGCCUCUGAGGUCAAAGAUAACCGCUGUCUUCUCUCAAACGUACAAUAAGUGGAGUGGCCUUAUUUUAUGUUUGUAUCCGUCAAGUCAAAGUGUCCUUGGUGGGAAAAAAAGGCUGCUCUGUUCCUGUGGGUUUUCUAAGUCGUGUAUUGUAACCUUGUCAACAUUCACAAUAAAGAGUAACAACAAAAAGA